UUGAAGUAGAACGAUGCAAUUUUUACAAUAAAAUUUUGUUAUUGUGCAAUAAUUGCAGUUCAAUAUAAAUAUAGUUAGCUGUGUUGUGUAUGUGAAGUAAUGCCACCUAAAUCUUUAAGCUUGAAAAAGGCCCAAAAGGGGCCGCCUAAGAAUCAACAAGCCAUUACACAGUUCUUCAAAAACACAAAUGUUACAAAUUCACAAAGUGCACCUCUGAAAAAGCCUUCACCUGCAAAAGAAGUUGAAAAGUUGUCAGUCAAACGGAAGGCUACUUCUCCUCUUCACGUCGAUACUACUGGGACAGACCAAGCGUGCACGAAACUGAAUGAUAUAAGUAAAAAGCUGAAAAGUGGAAACCAGAAUGGUGCACAGAAAAGUCCAGUGAAAAAUGGUGUCACAGUGAUUCAUUGUGACACAGUGAAGAAAUCUCCUGGGAAAGAAAAUGGUUCUAUAUCAGCAAAAACUGACAAUGAUUUUGAUAGUCUUUUAAAAAAUGAUUAUGUAGGAACCAAUGGGAGCCUUAAUAGUUCUCCGAAGAAAAGGUCACCACUGACCUCUAGUCAAAAGAACAAUAACAUUGAACAUGAGAUACAAAGUAUCUUCGAUGAUGAUGAAAUUGAGUGUAAAUCAAAUGGUAGUCAAAAUCAUGUUUCUAAUACAUUAUGUCAAGCAAAGUUUUCUCCUAAUUUUUAUGACAUUCAUGAUGAAGAUAGUCCAGAAGUCAAUAAGGGUAUACUUAAUGUCAAGCAAAUCAAUGGUACCCCAAAAAUGUGUAGUUCACCAAAAUCAGUCAGAUCUCCAGUCAAAUUCCACAAGUCCCCUGACAAAUGUGCUAAAGUUCUUGAAUUUGAUGACCCUGAAGUUGACAGCAUGUUUGGUGAUGACUGGGCUGAAGAUAUAGAUGAGGAAAAUAUAGAAGACUUGGAUUUAAGUGUGAUGCAGAGAUGUGAGAUAAAAGCAGUCAAUAACUUACCCAACAGGCUGGAACUGAAACUGAAGAAUGCUGCUAAUAGCGUGGCUACAUGCUUUGUUGAAGGCAUUUGGCUACACACACCCCUGCAUCCCGGCGACAUCGUCAGCAUCCUCGCGUCCCGGGACUCCUCAGGGCUCUUCACCGUCACCAACACCUCAGGGUUGAUAGUGCUACGGCCCGACCGGCUGGUGUCAUCUACGAGCGUUGUAGCCGGGGUGUUCUGCCAACGAAAAGCAGUGUUGCAAGAACGCUGGCGCGGGAUUGACUCUGCUAAUACUGCUAUGACAAUCGGCAUAUUAGUCCACGAGCUAGUCCAAAAAGCCUUGACGCAGAACAUUAGGUCUGUGGACCAACUACGUAAAGAAGCGGGCAAUAUAAUAAAGGAGUCAAUCCAGAGUCUAUACGACGCAGGUCUAUCGGAGGAGGAGGCGAGUUCGAACAUGCAGCAGUACAUUGCACCGCUGGCGGAGUUUAUGAAGACGUAUGUGUCGGAUAAACCGCCUCCUAACAUGGGUGAGAAAGACAAAUGGGCGGGAAACAUCAACAAAGUACUGGACAUCGAAGAAAACCUGUGCUGCCCCCAGCUCGGCCUGAAGGGAAAGAUCGACGCCACGCUGCAAGUCACUAUUCAUGAACGAAAAGGACGUCAAUCAGCAGUGGUCCCGCUAGAGCUGAAAAGCGGUCGUGCGUCCGUCUCAGCGGAGCACCGCGGACAGCUCGUCUUAUACGGCAUGAUGCUGGCUCUACAACGUGGAGCCGACCCUGCCACCAGCGAGCAACGAGGAUUACUGCUCUACCUCAAAGAGCGCGUAGACCUAAGGGAGGUGAGUUGUGGGUACCCUGAGCGGAGGGACCUGAUAAUGCUCCGUAACCAACUCGUGCAGUACCUCGCCGACGGCCCGACGGCGACCGACCCGGAGCUGAUGACGGACAUAGAGGAGGCUUCAAGCUUGUUACAGCAAAACUUGCCGGAACCCGUGAACCAUCACAACGCGUGUGCUAAAUGCCCCUACCUCACUGUCUGUUCUUUACAUUUGUGGCACACCGGCGGCCCGACAGUCUCAGAAAACCACCCUCUCUCUAAACUAAAGCAAGACGCGCUAGGCCAUCUAUCGGCAGAGCACAUCAACUACUUCCUACGCUGGACGGCGCAGCUCAAGAUGGAGGAGACUGGCCAAAUGUCCGCGGCCCCGCUGCACGCGUUGUGGACUGAUAGUGUUGAGAAAAGAUCAAAACGUGGAACUUGCGCUGCGAAUUUAAGACUGAAAUCUGUGAUACAAAGUGAUGAUAGAUAUACGCAUUCCUUCGAAAGACUGGGUACAAAUAAUGAAGAUAAGUCUCACCAUAAAACGAAGGGACCACAAGAAGGCGACUUCUCAAUAGUCAGCAUAGACAACAGGCCGUGGAUCGCCGCCGGAGUAGUCACUGUUUCUAAACAAAACGAAAUGCAGAUUAUAUUAGAAAGGGACCUAAGUCGUCGGAUGAACAAAGACACGAUGUACCACAUUGACACAUACGAGUCAUACGCGACCACCGUACAGAACUUGACUAAUUUGGGAGUACUGCUGGAAGACAGCGAUCGUGCGUUGAGACUAAGGAAAAUAAUAAUCGACAAAGAAUCCCCUUCGUUCGAAAAGAAGCUCCCGCGCGAAGUGGGCAGGCUGGGCACGAAAUUAAUGAAGUCGUUGAAUAUACAGCAACAGAGAGCUGUGCUUAAAGCACUUUCUGCUAAGGAUUAUGCGCUGUUGCAGGGCUUGCCCGGGACUGGUAAAACUCAAACAAUAAGUGUUCUGAUACAAAUGCUAGUGGCGCUUAAACAGCGAGUACUGGUCACUGCGCACACACACUCGGCCGUCGACACUGUCUUGAGCAGGUUACCUGAGUCCUUGAAAGUGAUGCGGCUUGGUUCGGCGGCGCGCGUGGCUCCGAACCUGCUGAGUCGCUGCGAACAUCAGCUAACUUCCAAAUGUGAGACGCCGGAUCAGUUGGACCAACUGUACAACUCUAUGGAGGUGGUUGGCGUGACGUGCUUGGGGGCUGCGCACGCGAUGUUGGCUCGGACUACCUUCGAUGUCUGCAUAGUAGACGAAGCCACUCAGGUUUUACAAUGCACUGUUCUACGGCCGCUGUUCGCUGCGAAUCGUUUCGUCCUGGUGGGAGACCCUGAACAACUACCCCCUGUAGUUAGAAGUCGUGCUGCAAGACGAUUAGGCAUGGAGGAGAGCUUAUUCCACCGCUUGAUGUCGGAAGACGCAACAUCCACGCUUCAGCUGCAGUAUCGCAUGAACCAGGCGCUAGCCGACCUGGCUAACAAAGUGGCGUAUAACGAUAGGCUCAAGUGCGCUGAUGAGAACGUUGCUCAGGCCACAUUGAAUAUUGACUCUCAGAAACUGUCAGCUCACACAUCGGAAGCGUGGUUGUUGAAGGCAUGCAGCGCCGAGCCAGAUAGCGCCGUGUUAUUUAUAGAUAUAAAGAUGACCGACAAGACGGAAACUAGUGGGAAAACUUGCGCCAACACAGACGAGGCGUGUGUGGUGUUGGCUAUUGUUGAGGCUUUAACAGCUGGUGGCGUAAAACCAUCGGACAUAGGAGUAAUAUCCCCAUUCCGCGAACAAGUGGCCCUCCUACGAAGAGCGCUGAGCGUCGAAGUCAGCACUGUGGACCAGUUCCAAGGCAGAGACAAGUCCGUCAUAGUGUACUCGUGUACGAGACGAGAUGUCGGGGACAACAAAGUCAAGGAAGGUGAAGUCCUGAACGACCAGCGCCGCUUAGCAGUAGGAGUUACCCGCGCCAAACACAAACUACUAGUAGUGGGCAAUUCCAACGCGCUGCAACGAUACGCUCCCCUAAAGAAGUUGAUCGACGUUUGCCCCUCCUUGGUUAUGGAGAGAGAAAUAAUUAAUCAAGUUAUAGGGAAAUAUAGAAGUGUAGUGUCAUAAGACAUUGUGAUUAAAUUAUGUUAAUAAUUAGGUAAUUAUGUGCCUUAAUAUGUUCGUAUUUCUAUCAUGUCCAAAGUAUUGUAAUAUAAUUAUUUUUUAUUUU